AUGCCUUUAGUUCAAAAGAAAUCAGCUCUCUCUAAUGAUAGAAUUCAUUGCUGCUGGGGUCCAGUAUGGCCCGAGGAUGUCAUGAUGCCAUCGUGUUUUGUGCUUCUAUCCUCUGGUUACUCUUGGAUACCACAGGGUUACCUGUUUGCUCCAUUUAUCACCUUUGGUUCAGUAUGGCCUCAAGGUCCGGCUGUCAUCUUGCCAUCGUCUUUUGUGCCCCUAUCAUCUGCUCACUCUAGGAUACCACAGAAUUACCUGUUUACUGCAUCCAACUUUGCUUAUCACCGUGUGGCCUGUCCAUCUCAAUUUUAUGAGGUAGACCACUAG